AUGGGGAGAGCUCCUUGCUGUGACAAAGCCAAUGUGAAGAAGGGUCCCUGGUCACCAGAAGAAGAUGCUAAGCUCAAAUCCUAUAUUGAAAAGCAUGGCACUGGUGGUAACUGGAUUGCUUUGCCUCAAAAAAUUGGCCUCAGGAGAUGUGGGAAGAGCUGCCGCCUCCGAUGGUUAAACUAUCUCCGUCCAAAUAUCAGACAUGGAGGCUUCUCCGAAGAAGAAGAUAACAUAAUCUGCAGCCUAUAUAUAAGUAUUGGAAGCAGGUGGUCUAUUAUUGCGGCACAGUUACCUGGAAGAACUGAUAACGAUAUCAAGAACUAUUGGAACACGAGAUUGAAGAAGAAGUUACUUGGUAAACAGCGCAAAGAACAAGCAGCACGUAGAGGUAGCUGCCAAAAGCGAGAGAUCAUGAGGAAAGGAAGGGAAAACUCCAUGGUUUCUGAUACCAAUAACCAAAACCCAUACUGGCCAGAGCUUCCUGUACUGCCUCCGAUACCUUAUUUGAACGAAGAACCACGUUUCAACGAUCAUGCUUCAAUCAGAAAAUUGCUGAUAAAGCUUGGAGGAAGGUUUUCUGAUGAAGAUCAACCUAUCAAUAAGCUACAAACUGUCGAUAACCCAACAAAUCUUCAGUUUCCUAUUGAUAUUUCUUACCAUCAACAACGAUGCGAGAACGCCAUUAAUAUGCACUCUUCUGCUCCCAUGGAUGCCUUGAACACAACUGUUUCUCCAUUGCCCAACAACCAAUACAACAUAGAUAGUGCAGGCCUGGCUCUAUUGCCAGGAGAAAGCAGUUUUCCAGAUGAGCUUGAGGGAAUUUUAUAUGACAAGACGCCUAGAUUGGAAGGCCUAGAGUUUUUGUAUGGGGACAUGGUUAAUCUGAGAAGUGGGACUAGUUGUGGGGAAAGCAUGGGUUGGGGUGAGAUAAGUUCUCUGGUUUUUCCUCAUGUUGCUUCAAACUAUGAAUAUCUUCAACAAGGGACGUUGCAAGAGUGUGCUUUCAACGAUCUUCGAUAUCGCGAGCUGCAGUAA